AUGGCUGGAGGGGUGAGCAAGGAGGCGCUACGGAGCAUCCUCAUCCAGGCCAUGUGCGCCGCGAAGAGCGUCAGGGUCCAGCUUGACCACCUCCUGCAGCUCCGGCGCCGCUUGCAGCAGCGGAUCCACGCCGCCGCCGACGACGACGACGCGGCCGUGGUCCAGGAGGUCGCCGCCGGCCUAUCCAAGGUCUACUUCAGGGGCCUCGAGUACGCCUCCCGCUACCUCAAGUCCUUGUUCCACAUCGCGGCUGACAACGGCGCCCGCCUCGACCUCGAGCCCGCCUUCUCCGUCAUCCCCGACGAGCAGCUCUACGACGUGCUGCUCGCGCAGCGGCUCGCGUCGCGCCCGACCACCCAGGCCCAGGCCUUCGCCCGCAUCGAGGCCGCCCUGUACGCCGUGAAGCUGCCCCAGGAGCACCACAUCCCGCGCUGCAUCGAGCUCCUCGUCGGCGUCCGGCCGCCGGACCCCCCUCGAGCGGCCGGCAGCGUGGAUCUGGACCACGCGCUCACCUACCUCCACCGCGCGUGCUCCCUCACGAGCCUCGCCAUCAAGCACAUCGACCUCGCCGUCGCCGUCUUCUCCAGUUUCUUCGGCCCCAAGAAGCUCGCCCACAUCGCCGAAACGGCCGAAGAAUUCUGCUUUAUCCCUGAGGCCUGA